AUGGGUCAACAACAGAACAAUAACCAAAGUGGAGGAGCAAGGUCUCAAGAGCCUGACGAUCCUCCUGCCCCAUCUGCAUGCGAUCAAUGCCGGAAUCGUAAGGUUCGAUGCGAUCGACAGCUACCUCAAUGUUCUAGCUGCGAAAAAGCUGGUGUACUGUGUGAAUUUCCAACUCGUGGAAAGCGUGUGAAUCCGGUGAAACAAUUGGUUGAGGCUGUUUCAGGGCUUGCAGCUCGCCUAGACUCCAUCGACAGCACAAUCCUAAGUCUUGUCGGACAGAUUCCUACUCCUCACAGAGGCUCUUCGGAUGCGUCAAACACGCGAGUGCAGUCGGAGACCUCCUCUCCGACUCCGGAGGCUGUGUGUAACGAUGCAGAUGAUAUCGACUUGAUUUUCUCGAGUGCCUUAGACGGGCAGGACUACUGGAACCGUCAUGCCGAGCUCCACAAAUCUGGACCAGAACAAGAACCCCAGACGAUAUCGGGGACUUCUAUUGGCAAUCGUGCUCUCCUCGAAAAAGUGCGACAGGCGGUCCAUAAUCUACUACAGGGUAAACGAUCCCGCAGACCAUCACCAGACUCGUCAUCCUGUGAUACAAACAAUACGUCCUCAAGUCCAGUAUCACUGGCAAAUGCCCAUCCAUCGUCCAUUUCGGAACUGAAGACAAUAUACGACACGUUUCCCACCUUUGAUGACGUGAACGCCGUGAGCCUGCUCCCUGGUGGGCAGUAUGUAUCCCUGCCACCACAAUCAAUCCUUGACACAUCUUUGCAAUUAUUUCUCGAUAAAUUUAACGCUGUUACACCCAUAUUCAACGAAUCUAGUUUGCGUGAAAUAAUCAAGGCGCAAUACAACCCCGGGCCUGACUCCAAACCGGACGAGGCAUAUAACCUGUGCUUCAACAAUAUUAUCGUGCUCGCUUCCGGAUUACGGGCUCGAUUGGCUCGACUGGAUAAAUCAUAUCCCAAGGCAAUGAAUGAGGAAUUACUCCCUGCUUUCCUCGCCAAUUCGUUCCGGGCGUUGCAUCAUUUGAAAUUCUUCCUUCAACCACGUCAUGUCAAUUUGCAAGCAUUAGCUACUUUGGCACUGGUAGCUCGUGAGUAUCACGAGAGUUGCGUUUUUGACAUGAUCUGUCACAUGGCCUGUGAUCUCUUCAAGGCCAUGGACUCUGAGCAAUCACCCAUGUCCAAAGUAGAUCAUCCCAACUUUGAGGAGUGGAGAACGCUAUAUUGGACGCUAUUCGUCAUGGACAAACAACGAACCAGCGUCAAUGGCCUGCCUUUUGAUCUUUACUUUUACCACUCAGACCUGCCAUUGGCUCCCGAAGAUGGCGCCAUGAGUCUCGGUCAGCAAAGCUGGAUGAUGCAUAUCUAUAUUACCACCAUAUGGGAAGAGACAUACAUAUCUCUCUACUCAGCACGGGCGGCGCGCAAGGGGUACUCGUACCGCGAAAGCCAGAUUACUCGACUUGACAAGCUGGCUAAGAAAUGGCAUUCACGGACCUUGCAACUUUUUCCCGACAAUUCAACCAACGAUAAUAAUGGCGAAAAUAACAACAACAAUCUACUUGUGGAGGAUAAUUGGCAGGUUGAGCUCAAUUAUGCCUAUCACAUUGCUCAAGUGUUGAUUCACAGUCGCUCGGAUACGACCCAGAGCAAGGAGAUCGAAUUGAAGAAUGCCAGAGCUGCAUUGCAGAUCAUCAACAUGGUAGUCAAACAGACACCAACAGAAGCAUCAUUAGCUUUAUUAUGCAGAUUACUCCGCAGCUACCCUCUCAUCGCCGGUCAUUCAAUUUGCAUGCGAUUCUUCGAGAAUCCGAGUAUUCAUAUGCUCGAAGAUCUUGAUCUGAUGGAGGGCGUACGCGACGCCUAUAAGAUCCUGGUCGAUCCAAAUAUGCCCAUUUGCAGCACUGGGAAAACGUAUUUGGGUAUAUCGUGGUGUUUGGAGAUUGCAAAAGCCUGCCGAAGAAUUCUUUUCGAGGAAUCAACGCCCGCCUCCUCCGUUGACCAUCAUUACCCAAAAUUAUCACGAAAACGGCCCUCUGAGGGCUUGCCUUUGGCAUCACUAUCCAAUCAGUCACUUCCCAAGAGGAAAAAGCCAUCCUUGGAAGAUGGUAGUCAAGCCAAGUAUUCAAAUAUAACCGACUUUCCGCUUGACAAGAACCAUUCGUUAGAUCUGCUAGGGAGGAACCACCCAAGUGCGACGACGUCAACAGAAGAGAUAACUGACCUCGGCAAUCAUUCGCACCUCAUAAAUCAGCAGCAGCAGCAACAGCAGCAACAACAACACCAUCAUCACCACCACCAUAUAUUUCCCUCAGGGCUCUCCAGUCUACCGAAUAUGGAUUCUAGAGGCAGCAGCACUGAAGAGCUAUCCCUAGUCACUGAUUCUAUUCCCACCUUGUCCUUAAACCCAACAGCAACGCCAAAUUAUGCCAUAACACAAAUUCUUCAAACAACUACAGCAGCAGCAGCCGAAGCCACACCCAUGAUGUUCUAUACUAUCCCAGAGGACCCUCUCCCCGACCCUUGCAUCCCGAAUCCCAUCAACAACUUCCUCGACUAUGACAAUUUUCUACAGCACGAAGAUCACGAUAUUGCGAAUAAUUAUAUGCCCGAUGAUAUUUCUAGAUGGUUAUUAGAACUUUCUCAUAAAGAAGAACGCUAA